CCACAACGGCUCGAAAUGGGCGAUCGACCACGAUGCCUGCACCGUUAUCGUUUACGAGUUACCUGAUGACGACGAGCCGUGGGGUUGUGGUCACUCAGACUAUUGUCGUUUCUAAUCCAAGUGGCGCUCCGCGUGCCGGUAUUGGAGGAGGCGGUAAUUCAUUCUUCAGUAAUCGGGGGGCGGUGGCGGGUGCGUUUACCGUCAUAGGCAUAGCAGCGGCAUCUAUACUUGCUUAUGCCCUGCUUGGAUUCUGGCGUAAUCGAAGACAGAGUGGGGAUGCUUCCUAUCCAAUAGGUUAUUGGAAGAUCGUCUGGGUCUGGAUCUGGGUCGAGAUCGUCUGAUACUGGUGCAGGUGGAAGUGGCGGAGCCGUUCGUGGACCGUUGCAUGAUGAAUUGGAGGAUGAUAUGGACCACUUGUAUCGGUCUAGCCAUUCUCACACGAGUAUGAUGAGACAGGUGGAGGCUGCAGCUGCAACGGGUGGAAUGGUAGGAGGUGGAGGAGUGGGUUAUGCGGUGUCGCCCGGUUUGGAGGCUGGUUUGUACGAUCCGUAUGACCGACGGCAUCAGGAACGGGUAGCUACUGCAGGUUCGCCUGCGGUGGGUCCUUCUGGGAUGGGAGAUGAUGUGUUCAAGGGAACCAUCGUGAGCGCUGCUGCCAUCGAUGGGGAUUAUACACAGCUCCGGAAGAGCAGCACGAGUACUGGGAGAGGACCUAGGGCUGUGGAAGGGGGUGGUGAUCUGUAUUCUGGUAUUCGAUCACACCCAUCUGCCGCUGGGUAUAAAGGGCUGAGAGGUGGGAGCGAUGAAGGUGGGGUUGGUAGCGCUCGUACUGGUUCCGGUCAUGGUUCCGGUGAUCCCCGACAGGGUCAUCUGCGCGUUCCUUCGGAUGAUGAGGAUCAACAGUACGAUGAUGGGAGUUCCGUUGAGAGUGAGAAUAGCACGGAGGUAAGCGAGUAUCCACCUGAGAGCGAAGUCGAUGGUGGGUUCACUGUCCCCGUUGCGGAUGGAGUGGACGUCGAUCAGAGGAUGAACCCUGUUGCUGUUCUUGGUAAACAUUCGACAGGUGUCGAUGUCAAUGGAGGUGGGGAUGGAAAUGGGACCGGGGACGGGACCGGGAACGAACGAUUGAACAGUAGUGGGAGUGGGGGGAGUGGUGAAGAUGGGACGAGGAGGGCUUCGAGUUUGAGCGAUGGGGAGGAUUAUAUGAGACGAGUUACUGCGGUAUGUCGACGGAGCUGAAUCUUGCGUCCUUUUUGAGGGAGGGGAGGGGGGGCAUUUACCACUUGGCUGACUGGGUCUUUUUUCUUCUUCUCUAGCCUGGUACCUGAUGACCGUAUGCUCGCCAACUUAUGAACGACACGGUGCUUGACAUCGACAAGAAAGAAUGUUUUUCAAAAGAUCAACAACGAACGAACAGAAGUGAAUGAAUUU